AAGUGCGUGUCCACCCCACUUUUAUUAAACACGUAUUUAAACUCAUGUCGUCUACCUCUUCAACAAGAACGAUAAGAAUUCAACGGAUCAACGUUUAUGUUUAAAUAAAGUUUUCACUCCGUUGAGUCGGAGCUGAAAGCGCCCUGGUUUCAGUAGAGGUGAGUCAGACGAGCUGUUUCAGGAGCUUCAGUGUUUUCUCCCUUUACCACAAACUUUGGGCUUUUUAACUUUUUAACAACCAUGUGUUCACUUCCCAGGUAGCACAGGCUACCGUGGGCUGAAGCAUGUGGCUAUCAAUGGCGUAUCAGCUGAUGAAUAGCGUCCAUAGUGUGUAUCGACGGACUGUCCUGCACUCGGACUGUAAACCUAGAUCGUAACGAUCUUUAAAAUCAAUAAACUACUCACCUGACAGAAGGAAGAUGACAUCGUGGUCUUCCAAGCGCCCCAGCUAUGUGGCUCAGCUGAGUUAAAUGGACCGGAUGUUUACAAAAACGUUUUUUACGAGAGCCACACGUCACGUCCGCUCGUGCACUCGGUCCGGUGGCGGACUCGGACCAGCCUCGGUAUGAACAGACUCGCAGGAUCCCUGGGUCUGGUCCAGUACUCCAGCCGGGUCAGGACAGAGUUUCCUCUCAACAUGUACCACUCUGCUGAGGAGAUCAAAGCUGCAGUGAUGAAGGUUGAGUACAUGGAGAAAGGGACGAUGACGGGUCUGGCCCUGAAGCACAUGCUGGAGAACAGUUUCUCCGAGGCCGAGGGCGCUCGUCCCGCCAGCCGCAACAUCCCCCGCAUCGGACUGGUCUUCACAGACGGACGCUCCCAGGACGACAUCACCGAGUUCGCCAAGAUGCCCAAAGAAGCUGGCAUCACCAUGUACGCUGUGGGCGUGGGGAAAGCUGUGGAGGAGGAGCUUCGUGAGAUCGCGUCCGAACCCGUGGAGAAACAUUUCUAUUACACCAGCGACUUCACGGCCAUCAGCACCAUCGCUGAGAACCUCAAGCUGAACGUCUGUCCAGAGGAGAGUCAGGGGGAGAUCGAGGUGAAGGACCCGUGUGCCUGUGAGAGUCUGGUGGAGUUCCAGCAGGCCACCAUGAGCAGCCUGGAGCAGCUCACACAGAAACUGGCUGGGAUGACUGCUCGUCUGGAGCAGCUGGAGAACCAGCUUCUCACCAGGAAGUGACCAGGACGCCACAGAGGAAGAAGGACAGAGUGAGGAAGAGGAGGAAGAGGAGGGCACAUCCUGGAGAGAUCCUUUAGAGCAGGAAUCAGAAAUCCCUUCUAAUCAAUGGACCAUCCAGUGUUUCCACGAAGCCUUGGGGGCCUUCAGUAGAUCUGCUGAUCUUCACCUUGAUGAGGACCACAUUUAUCUGACAGCUUGUGAUUAGGAUUCACUUCUCUGGUAAAGAUGUAAAAAAUAAAU